AAGAGGGAGAAUCUAAAACCAGUCUGCUAGAAGAGUCUUCUAUCACAUAGCAAGGGAAUGGAAUGGCUUACUCCUCUGCCCUCUGCUGGUUAGAAGCAAGUCACGGUCCCUUCCACACCUAAGGGAAAAGAGUUACAUGCCAAACCUCAGAAGAUCUGAGAAUUCUGUCGGCCACAUCACCCAAGGAUCCUCCUCUGGUCCCAUACAUCAGAACUACUUGGGAAAAAGAACAAGAAACACAAGAAGAGGAGCGUUUGAUGGAAGAAAAGAAAAAGAAAAAGCAGGAAGAAAAGAAAAAGAAGGAAGGUGCUCAGAAAAAGUGCCAGAACCUACUAAGACCUGUUCAAGCCAGCUCCAACCUGCCGGUACCAGUACCAGUACUUCCACCAGCACUAUCUCCAGCAGCAGCAAUGGCAAACGUGCAUCUGCCGGUGGCCAGCAGCCAGCUGCAUCCCGUUACCUGCCUCGAGAGGUGCCUCCACGCUUCCGCCAGCAAGAACAGAAGCAGCUGUUAAAGAGAGGCCAGCCGUUACCUACAGGGACUCUGACCAGUGUGAGCCCAGCACAGGUUGCUGGUUCUGCAGGGACAAGCCCUCCCCCUCUCCCUGGAGCCGGGUCGCAGCAGCAUCCCAACAAGCUCCAACCAGAUCUUGGUCACAGUGGACUGACAGAUCAUUAUGAAAAUUCCCACUGGGGACAGCAGCCCUCUUACAGAAGCGAUGCCAACUGCAGCUGGGAAAAAGUGAUAAUAGAUAGGACUGACCAGGAGGCGUGGCCUUCCAUCACAGGAACAGAGACUGAAUCUGCCUCAGAAUGUCCUACAGACACUGACUCUGCCUCCAACUGUGGCUCAGAAAACAGUAGCAUGGCUACAGGGAGUGCCCAGGGCAGCUUCACAGGACAUACCAAGAAGACAAAUGGCAAUAACGGCACCAACAGCGCACUGGUCCAAAGCCCUUCUCAUCAGAGUGCCCUUGGGGCAGCAGGAGCUAACGGGAGUGGAGGCACAGGCAGAGCGUGGGGCGUAGCCACCAGCUCCAGCUCUGGCCUGGCUCACUGCUCUGUCAGUGGUGGGGAUGGGAAAAUGGACACCAUGAUUGGCGAUGGGAGAAGUCAGAAUUGCUGGGGUGCUUCCAACUCCAGUGCCGGCAUUAACCUUAACCUUAGUCCUAAUGCCAACCCAGCUGCCUGGCCUGUACUUGGGCACGAAGGAACUGUGGCCACAGGCAACCCUUCCAGUAUUUGCAGUCCAGUCAGUGCCAUAGGUCAGAAUAUGGGCAGCCAGAAUGGGAAUCCAACAGGCACUCUAGGUGCGUGGGGAAACUUGCUGCCACAAGAGAGCACAGAACCACAAACGUCCACGUCUCAGAAUGUGUCUUUCAGCCUACAACCUCAGAACCUUAACACUGAUGGACCAAAUAACACUAACCCCAUGAGCUCCUCACCAAACCCUGUCAAUGCAAUGCAGACUAAUGGACUGCCCAACUGGGGCGUGGCUGUGGGCAUGGGGGCCAUCCUCCCUCCCCAUCUGCAAGGCCUUCCUGGUGCUAAUGGAUCAUCGGCUUCUCAAGGCAGUGGGGGUGGGGGCGAAGGGAUAAGCAACUCUGUGUGGGGACUGACCCCCAGUAACCCUGCCACAGCAAAUAGCAGUUCUGGGUUCAGUCAGGGGAAUGCAGACACUGUGAACUCAGCAUUAAGUGCUAAACAAAAUGGAUCCAGCAGUGCUGUGCAAAAGGAAGAACGGGGAGGGAGCGCCUGGGACUCGGGGCCUCCUGCAGGUCCUGGGGUACUUGCCUGGGGGAGGGGCAGUGGCAGUGGCAGCAGUGGCAUUGGUAACAUCCAUUCAGGAGCGUGGGGCCACCCCAGCCGAGGCUCCUCUAAUGGUAUGAAUGGGGAGUGGGGAAAGCUCCCAAACCAGCAUUCCAGUAGCGACAUCAGUGGGAAAGGACCAGGAGGGUGGGAUGGCCCCAGCUCUGCCAGCCAGACUCCUGCCUUGCAGCCUAGCAGUGAACAUGUGAACUCUUGGGCCAAAGCUGCAUCUUCUGGAACUACAGCGAGCGAAGGGAGUAGUGAUGGGUCUGGCAAUCACAAUGAAGGAGGCCCUGGGAGGGAAGGAGCAGGAGAGGGCCGGAGGCGGGAUAAAGGGGUGAUAGACCAGGGACAUAUCCAGUUGCCAAGGAAUGAUCUCGACCCAAGAGUUCUGUCCAACACUGGUUGGGGACAGACUCCUGUAAAGCAAAACACUGCCUGGGAAUUUGAAGAAUCCCCUAGGUCAGAAAGAAAAAAUGACAAUGGGACAGAGGCCUGGGGUUGUGCAGCUACUCAGUCUUCAAACUCAGGGGGGAAGAACGAUGGGUCCAUCAUGAACAGUACAAAUACCUCUUCAGUAUCGGGGUGGGCCAGCUCACCGCCUGCUGCUGUGCCAGCAAACACAGGCUGGGGAGACAGCAACAACAAAGCACCAAGUGGCCCUGGGGUCUGGGGGGACUCGAUAAGCUCUACUGCUGUUAAUAAUGCUGCUGCUGCCAAGAGCAGCCAUGCUUGGAGUGGGACCGUGAAUCAGGAGGACAAGUCACCCACCUGGGGUGAGCCUCAAAAACCCAAAUCCCAAAACUGGGGAGAUGGACAAAGAUCAAAUCCAUCCUGGAGUGCAGGAGGGGGAGACUGGGCAGAUUCAUCAUCUGUCCUUGGACACCUGGGGGAUGGGAAGAAAAAUGGCUCUGGAUGGGAUGCUGAGAGUAAUAGAUCAGGGUCUGGUUGGAAUGAUGCCACAAGAUCUGGGACCAGUGGCUGGGGCAGCAGCACAAAUACAAAGGUGAAUCCAGGUACCAACUGGGGGGAGUCCCUAAAACCUGGUCCCCAACAGAACUGGGCAAACAAGUCCCAAGACAACAAUGUGAGUAACUGGGGAGGAGCUGCUUCUGUUAAACAGACAGGGACAGGCUGGAUUGGAGGCCCAGUGCCAGUCAAGCAGAAGGACAGCAGUGAGGCAACUGGCUGGGAAGAACCCUCUCCACCGUCCAUCCGGCGAAAGAUGGAAAUUGAUGACGGUACCUCAGCUUGGGGGGACCCAAGCAACUACAACAAUAAAACUGUAAACAUGUGGGAUAGAAACAACCCAGUUAUCCAGAGCAGUACCACCACCACCACCACCACCCCCUCCUCCACAAGCAACCCUGCACACCGGGGCGGGACACCACCCCCGCACCAGGCCAGCACACAGCUGAAUCGGUCACCAUUGCUUGGGCCAGUUUCCUCAGGCUGGGGAGAAAUGCCCAGUGCUCACGCAAAGGCUGAAAACUCAUGGGGGGAGCCAUCCCCCCCUUCCACCCUGGUGGACAACGGCACAGCCGCAUGGGGGAAGCCACCCAGCAGUGGCAGCGGGUGGGGAGAUCACCCUGCUGAGUCAACGGGGACAUUCGGAAGAGCCAGUGCUCCCACUGCCACCCCAGCCCUGUGCAAGCCAGCUUCCAAAUCUAUGCAAGAAGGCUGGGGCAGUGGUGGGGAUGAAGUGAACCUGGGCCCCAGCCAGUGGGAGGACGAGGAAGGGGACCUGUGGAACAAUGCUGCUUCCCAAGAAAGCACUUCCUCCUGCAGCUCCUGGGGCAAUGCCCCCAAAAAGGGACUUCAAAAGGGCAUGAAGACAUCUGGCAAGCAGGAUGAGGCCUGGAUCAUGAGUCGGCUGAUCAAACAACUCACAGACAUGGGCUUCCCAAGGGAGCCAGCCGAGGAGGCCCUGAAGAGCAACAGCAUGAACCUGGACCAGGCCAUGAGCGCUCUGCUGGAAAAGAAGGUGGACAUGGACAAGCGUGGACUGGGAGUGACUGACUAUAAUGGGAUGGUCACCAAACCCCUCGGCUGCCGCCCACCAAUCUCCAAAGAGUCUUCCAUGGACCGCCCCACCUUUCUUGACAAGCUCACCCUUUCUUUCUCCAAUCAGGAUGGCGGCCUCGUGGAAGAGCCCACGACUUCACCAUUUUUGCCUUCCCCAAGCCUGAAGCUCCCCCUUUCCAACAGUGCACUCCCCAAUCAGGCCCUGGGUGGGAUUGCCUCAGGGCUGGGCAUGCAAAACUUGAACUCUUCCAGACAGAUCCCGAGUGGCAAUCUGGGUGUGUUUGGCAAUAGCGGAGCAGCACAAGCCAGGACCAUGCAGCAGCCGCCGCAGCCACCAGUGCAGCCUCUUAACUCCUCCCAGCCCAGCCUCCGUGCUCAAGUGCCUCAGUUUCUAUCCCCUCAGGUUCAAGCACAGCUUUUGCAGUUUGCAGCAAAAAACAUUGGUCUCAACCCUGCACUAUUAACCUCGCCAAUUAACCCUCAGCAUAUGACGAUGUUGAACCAGCUCCAUCAGCUGCAGCUGGCAUACCAACGUUUACAAAUCCAGCAGCAGAUGUUACAGGCCCAGCGUAAUGUUUCCGGACCCAUGAGACAACAGGAGCAGCAAGUUGCGCGCACAAUCACUAAUCUGCAGCAGCAGAUCCAACAGCACCAGCGCCAGCUGGCCCAGGCCCUGCUUGUGAAGCAGCCUCCGCCGCCGCCACCCCCGCCGCACCUGUCUCUGCACCCCUCUGCAGGCAAAUCGGCCAUGGACAACUUCCCCCCUCACCCCCAAGCUCCUGGCCUACCUGACCUGCAGACCAAAGAGCAGCAGUCUUCACCCAACACCUUUGCUCCUUACCCUCUCGCUGGACUGAACCCAAACAUGAAUGUCAGCAGCAUGGACAUUACCAGUGGUUUGUCGGUGAAAGACCCAUCUCAGUCCCAGUCACGCCUCCCUCAGUGGACACACCCCAACUCCAUGGACAGCUUGUCCAGUGCUGCUUCUCCUUUGGAUCAGAAUCCUAGCAAGCACGGUGCUAUCCCUGGAGGUCUAAGCAUUGGGCCUCCAGGUAAGUCCUCCAUUGACGACUCCUAUGGCCGGUACGAUUUAAUCCAGAACAGUGAGUCACCAGCCAGUCCUCCUGUAGCUGUGCCCCAUAGCUGGUCACGUGCCAAAUCUGACAGUGAUAAAAUCUCAAAUGGCUCCAGCAUCAACUGGCCCCCAGAAUUCCAUCCUGGAGUUCCGUGGAAAGGACUUCAGAAUAUCGAUCCUGAGAAUGACCCUGACGUCACUCCUGGCAGUGUCCCCACCGGGCCUACAAUCAACACCACCAUCCAGGAUGUCAACCGCUACCUCCUCAAGAGUGGAGGGUCCUCCCCACCAUCCUCUCAGAAUGCCACACUGCCUUCCUCGAGUGCCUGGCCGCUCAGUGCCCCCGGCUACAGUGGCUCUUUGAGCAGCAUUGCCUCCUCACCUAGUGCUGCAGGUAAACUGUCAGACAUUAAAUCGACGUGGUCCUCUGGCGCAGCGUCCCACACGCAAGCCUCUCUGUCUCAUGAGCUGUGGAAGGUGCCGAGAAACACUACUGCACCCACCAGGCCCCCUCCAGGGCUUGCCAAUCCCAAGCCUUCCUCCACCUGGGGUGCCAGCCCCCUCGGCUGGACCAGCUCCUACUCCUCUGGUUCUGCUUGGAGCACCGACACCUCAGGAAGAACAAGCAGCUGGCUUGUUCUUCGCAACCUCACACCCCAGAUUGAUGGUUCUACACUGCGGACGCUGUGUCUGCAGCACGGGCCUCUCAUCACAUUCCAUCUGAACCUGACUCAAGGCAACGCUGUGGUCCGCUACAGCUCCAAGGAGGAGGCGGCCAAGGCCCAGAAGUCUCUGCACAUGUGCGUGCUGGGAAACACUACCAUCUUGGCAGAGUUCGCCAGUGAAGAGGAAGUGAACCGGUUCCUAGCCCAAGGCCAAGCCCUGCCACCCACGUCCAGCUGGCAGUCCAGCAGUGGGAACAGCCAGCCCCGACUGGGCGCCUCAGGCAGCACCCAUGGGCUGGUGCGCAGCGAGGCGGCCCACUGGAACACCCCCUGCCUGGGCGGCAAGGGGAGCAGCGAGCUGCUGUGGGGCGGGGUGCCCCAGUAUUCCAGUAGCCUCUGGGGCCCGCCCAGCACCGAGGAUGGCAGGGUGAUCGGCAGCCCCACCCCACUGAACACACUGCUGCCUGGGGACCUGCUUAGCGGGGAGUCCAUCUAGGGCCAGGGUCACCUGCACCAGGAGGAGAGCUGACCUUUCCAGUCCCGGGCACUGUGGCCCCAGGACCAGCAGCCCGCGGCCCUUUCGAGUACCUCUGUCCAGUUCCGAAGAUGAACCUUCACCGCAGCCCUUGUGAACUGUUUCCAAAACAGUGCAGGCUGCGUUUGGUCAGUGUCACGUGCUAACGACAGGAUGUUCCUCAUAGCUUUUUAUUUUGUGUCGUCUUAUGUUUGUAUGGUGUGUUGUCAUUUUGAGUUUUUAAGUAUAAAAGCUGCUUAGAAUAGUUCUAUCAUGAAGGGCACUUUUCAGAUUGUGGGCUGGAAAGGGUUAUUUUAUCACGGGGAGGGAGGGAGGGAGGGAGAUGGAAGCCUAUUAAGUGAGCCUGUGACGAUUAUGCACAUUACCAGAGGCGGCGGGUGGGGCAGGGCAGGUCGGGCAAGGUCGCUGGCACUGAGCAGAGCGGCACCGUCGCCCUCUGCCCUCUGUUCCCCUGGAUCCGCCUAUGCACAUUACCCUUGUUUCAUUACUUUUUCAUGUCAUUUUUUUUUAAUCCCAAAAAAUAUUUUUUAAAAGUUAAAAAAAAAAAGACAUAUCAAACAUGCAAAUACUUGAAUCCAGCAGGCCAAUAAUGAAAUGUGAACACUUUCUAAGUCUAAUUCUACACUUCCAGGUUGACAUCAGUACACAGAAACAGGCUCUAGGAAAAAUUUCUUAAGUUCAUAGCCUAUGUGUGCGAGUGUGCAUGGGAAACAGUGUGGGGGGUGUGUGUGUGUGCACGUGUGCUCCUGAACAGUACACACUUCGUGUGUGUGUGUGUGUGUGUGUGUGUGUGUGUAUAGAGUGCAAGGGAUUUAACUGUGGGUUUUCCCUUUUAUUCAGUAUAUGCUUUUAUUUGGCGCAUUGGUCAAACGUUUGUUAUUAUUAGCUUCUAACUUUGCACUGAGGUGUCCCUGCCCUUCCUUCAGCUAAUCCUAAACAGUAAAGAGAAUUCACAGGACAGGGCUGGCGACAAUUCACGUGUAAAUGUUUACUCAAGGACUCUGUUAUUGCAUCUAAAACUGCAGUGUAUAUCUCUGGAGAAAUGAUAUGUAUCUCUACCUUUAGCAGCUUUUUAUUGUGGACUAAUGCAAGAAGUCAUUACCAGAGUAUUGCACCAUUUUCCAUUUGGAAUAUAAGGUUAAAGAGAAAGAACUGAUGUUGAACUGUGGCCAUAGAUACUUGUAAAGAGCGACGGUUCCGCGGCAGCAGCGGGACAAGCACUUGGACGUGGUUAAGACUGCUUUCAGCGGAGCCCGGGGUUUGGGCUCCCACCUGUUUACAGACCUUUUUUUCUCCUUCAGACUUUAAAAUGAAAAUUUUAAAAAGGAAUUUAAAAAAAGAAAAAAGAAAAAAAAAAGACUUCUGUCGUAAAGAACCCUAUUUUCAGAAUGCAGACGCGCUACUUCAGAGCUCUGGGAUUGGACAGUGCCGUCCCCCUUCGGCCGUCGUCGUGGACUCUGUCGACUGUCCUCGCCCCUUCGUCGAGGUGACGAGGCGCUGUGGUCACUGUCUUGCACAUGCCGGACGCGCUCUCAGGAAAGCCAGGGCUCCCGAGGGCAGCUCCACACCAUUUCAUGUAUUUUUAAACCCAACUCCUAGCACUGAAGAUGUUAUUAAAAAAAAAAAUAAUAAAAAUUUAAAAAAAGAAAGAAAAAAAGAAAAAAGAAAAAAAAACCACAAAGAUGAAAAAUACCUAAUCUCUAAUGUGUAGCAGUUACAUAUUUACCAAAUAAUGGACUCAAAAGAAAUAGAUGUUUGAAGAGUGCUUUAUAUAUUAAAAAUUGCUUUAUGUUUUAAAAAUGAUCAAUGUUUUGAUUGUUUUGCAAGGAAGAAAGACAAUGGAAUAACAUACCCUCCAGUAUGUUUUUAAAAAGUCUAUGGACAUUGUGCUCCCUGCCUGCUCGAUCAGGAAACCUGUGCAUUACAUUUUUUUUAAUUAGCUUUUUAAUGAUUUUAUCAAAACAAAAAAACAAAAUUUAAAAAAAAAUAGAAAAAAAAAAAAAGUCCUGCAAGAUUGCAGAUCAACAAAAGCUGGUUUUACAGAGGAUCAUGAACUAUGCACAACCUAGGUUCAGAACUUCCCUCAAGCUUAGUAGUGCAUCUAGCUGACGACCCCUCCUCAGAGUGAGCAUCGCGUUGCCAGUACAUGCAUCCUACAUAUUUGAUAUGCAUAUCAAAUAUACGUGCGCGUGUGUGUGUGCGUGCGUGUGCGUGCGUGAGCACUCAGUCAUACAGCUCCCGUGCUGCCAUUUAGCCCUGAGUCGUAGAGAAAAUUCCCAAUGUUUUAAAUUUGGGGAAUGGAAGAAAGAAUCUGUUUAUUUUGGGGUUUUGUUGGGGAUUUAUUUUUCCUUUUUUUUUUUUUUGACCUUUUAUUUUGAAUUUAAGAUGUCUGUAACUCUUGAGAUUAAAAAACAAGUUUGUGGCUCUUAAUGUUUUUCCUCAUAGAAUGUGUUUGUUGAAGAACAUGCACCGAAAGUUGCUUUCAACAGUACAACGCUUUGUUGAAUCUUAAUAAAUUGCAAUUUUUUUCUUGGCUGUUCAAA